CCGUUUCCGGCGAGGCCAGGAGGGGCAAAGGGGGGGUCGCGGCAGUCAUGAGCGAGUUCCGGCUGCACCACGACGUGCACGAGCUGCUGAGCCUCCUGCGGGUCCGGCCCGGGGGGGUGGGCGGGGGCGGGGAGGGGGCCGAGGCCUACAUGGAGCUCCUACAGCGCAGCCGCGGGCCCUUCCUGCCCGCCACCGCCGCCGCCACCCUGGGCGCCAAGGUGAAGCUGGCGGAGUUCUCGCGCACCCCCGAGGACUUCCUGACCAAGUACGAGGAGCUGAAGGGCCGCAGCGCCGCCAGGCACCUCCUGGACCCCCUGGUCGCCCUCCUCGCCCAGAUCGCCCAGCACAAGGAGACCCUCCAGUACCUGCAGCAGAACGCCAAGGAACGAGCGGAGCUUGCGGCCGGGGCAAGCAGCGGGGCCCCCUCGGCAGCGGCCCCCAAGAUGACCGUGCAGGAGCUGGAGGAGCUGCGGAAGCAACUGGGCACCGUCACCACCGUCGGCUCCUCUGCCCAGCAGCCUCUUGAAUUUGUUCGAAAGACACUCAGAGAGAAGCAUAACAAGAAAAAUUCUGGCCAGCCCAUUCCGUCCUUUCCUGCCUGGGUGUACGAGAGACCAGCCCUCAUUGGGGAUUUUCUCACUGGCUCCAGCUUGAGCACAGACACGACGGUGCCCAUAGGCUCCUUACCCCUGGCAUCCCAAGAGUCUGCAGUCGUGGAGGACCUGUUGUAUGUUUUGAUUGGUGUGGAUGGCAGAUACAUCACUGCUCAGCCAUUGGUUGGAAGAGAGAACCGAACUUUCUUAGUGGACCCGAACUUAGACUUGUCUGUCAAAGAACUUGUCACCAGGAUUCUUCCCGUGGCUGCAAGUUACUCCACAGUAACAAGGUUCAUAGAGGAGAAGUCCUCCUUUGAAUACGGGCAGGUGAACCAUGCGCUGGCCGCCGCCAUGAGGACCCUGGUGAAGGAAUACAUGAUCCUGAUCACCCAGCUGGAGCACCUGCAGCGCCAAGGGCUGCUGUCUCUCCAGAAGCUCUGGUUCUACAUCCAGCCCACCAUGAGGACCGUGGAGAUCCUGGCCUCGCUCGCUGCUUCCGUCGACAAAGGGGAGUGCCUGGGAGGCUCCACGCUCAGCCUGCUCCACGACAAGACGUUCAACUACACGGGGGACAGCCAAGCGCAGGAGCUGUGCCUCUACCUGACCAAGGCUGCCAGCGUCCCGUACUUUGAAAUCCUGGAGAAAUGGAUCUACAGAGGAAUUAUCCACGAUCCUUACAGCGAGUUCAUGGUGGAAGAGCAUGAGCUGCAGAAGGAGAAGAUCCAGGAAGAUUACAACGAUAAGUACUGGGAUCAAAGGUACACCAUCGUCCAGCAGCAGAUCCCCUCCUUCCUGCAGAAGAUCGGAGACAAAAUACUGAGCACAGGGAAAUAUUUAAACGUUGUCCGGGAGUGUGGCCAUGACGUGACGUGCCCAGUGGCGAAAGAGGUCAUCUAUACUUUAAAGGAGCGGGAAUAUGUGGAACAGAUAGAGAAAGCCUAUAACUACGCCAGCAAAGUCCUUCUCGAUUUCCUGAUGGAAGAAAAAGAACUUGUGGCCCACUUAAGGUCAAUCAAGCAUUACUUCCUGAUGGACCAGGGCGACUUCUACGUGCACUUCAUGGACCUCACAGAAGAGGAGCUGAAAAGGCCCGUGGAGGACAUCAUCCCCACCAGACUGGAAGCUCUGCUGGAAUUAGCGUUGCGAAUGAGCACAGCGAACACCGACCCGUUCAAGGAUGACCUGAAGGUGGAUCUGAUGCCCCACGACCUCAUCACCCAGCUCUUGCGAGUUCUUGCCAUUGAAACCAAGCAGGAGAAGGCCGUGAUCAGCGCGGAGCCCACGGAGCUUUCUCUGAGCGGCCUGGAGGCGUUUUCCUUCGAUUACGUGGUCAAGUGGCCGCUCUCCCUGAUCAUCAGCAGGAAGGCCUUGACUCGCUACCAGAUGCUCUUCAGGCACAUGUUUUACUGCAAGCACGUGGAGCGGCAGCUGUGCAACGUCUGGAUCAGCAGCAAGGCGGCCAAGCAGCACUCCCUGCACCUAUCCAAGUGGUUCGCUGGGGCCUUCACUCUGCGGCAGCGCAUGCUCAACUUUGUGCAGAACAUCCAAUACUACAUGAUGUUUGAAGUGAUGGAGCCCACGUGGCACGUCCUGGAGAAGAAUCUCAAGUUGCAGGCCUCCAACAUAGACGACGUCUUGAGCCACCAUACCAGCUUUCUGGACAACUGCUUGAAGGACUGCAUGCUGACCAAUCCGGAGCUGCUGAAGAUCUUCUCCAAGAUGAUGUCUGUCUGUGUCCUGUUCACCAACUGCAUGCAGAGAUUCUCCCACAGCAUGAAGCUGGAUAACGAACUGGAGCGCCUCACUGUGGAGCACGGGACCAUGCGGGGCCCACCGACCGAGCAGGAACUGGUGGAGGAAUCUGCGAGGAAGAACCUGGCCCACAGGCUCUUGGCGGAGCAUGCGGACGCUUUGCACGUGACGUCUGGCUUUGAAGCCACCAUCAACAAGUUUGACAGCAACUUCUCCGCUCACCUGCUGGACCUCUUGGACAAGCUGAGCAUUUACAGCACCAACGACUGUGAGCACAGCAUGAUCAACAUCAUCUACAGGCUAGACUUCAACGGCUUCUACACGGAGCGCUUGGAGCACCUGUCUGCCGAGCGGAGCCAGAGGGCCGCCUCCCAAGCGGUUCCUGCCCGAGUCGUUGGGGCUGCUCAGUAGCUUCCCCCUGGGGAGGGGCUGAGAGCGUGGGCAUGCUCCUGGUGCACGGGUGUUGUAUGGCACGCCCUCUGUGGCUGCUGCUGUUGUGUAUAUGUAAAAUGACUGUGGUUUUGAGGUGAGUGUACACUUUUAUACACAAAAGUAACUUGUACAGUUGUGUGUGUUACUUAAAAUAAAGACCUGUUAUUACGGG